AUGCGCAACCCAUUGCCGCAGCCGUCGACGGCCAACGACGACGACGAGCUCAAGGCCGUCGUCACCGCCGACCGUGCCGACUACUAUAUUGUCGGCUGCGGCACCUCGUGGUUUGAUCUCUACGGCUUUAUGACGGCCUUCGCUGCGUUCACCGUACUAGGGACCUACAUGACGUCCGACGCUCGAGCUGCGCUUUGGAUCUGCUUUUUCGCGUGGGCCGCCGGCGUCGUCUACCUGGCCGUGACCAUCGCGAUCGCCGACUGGGAGACGCGCUUGAAAGCCAAGGUGGCCGCCGAGGUCGCUGCCGACAAAGAUGCGUUGGCCCAAGUGCCAUAA